GAGUGAGUGUGUGUGAGAGCUCGAGUCCACCCGAGCGCGCGCACACACUCACACACACACGCGCACAUAUCUAUCUAUAUACAUAUAUAUAUACACACACGCGCGCACAUACAGGCACGCGUGCGCGCACACUGCAGAGGAGCUCCAGAAAAGCGCAGGAGAGCACAAGUGCGCGCUCCCACGCGUCCUCUCUCAUCCUCUCCACCGCGAGCUGAUGCGUGCCGUGCUGUAGAGAGAGAGAAAGAGAGAGAGAGAAAGAGAGCGAGAGAGAGAGAAGGUUCUCACGGGUCAUGGGAGGAAACCUGGGGUGCCACCGCUCGCUCCCGGCGGAUCCCGGGGACGUGCGGCAGCGCGGACGCAAGUUCAGCGCGACCUGCAGCUUCGCGCACGUCUCCGCGCACAGCAACUCCGAGCGACUGAACGUGAACGCGGCAGGCGAGGAGGAGCUCAUGACCCUGCCCGGGGUGACCCGGACGGUCGCGCGCUCCAUCGUGGAGCACCGCGCGCGCAUCGGCGGCUUCCGCAAAGUGGAGGAUGUCGCCCUGGUGAGCGGAAUCGGAGCCGCCAAGCUGCAGCUCAUCAAGCCGGAGAUAUGCGUGUCGAGCCGCAAGGGGGGCAACAACAACAACCACCACCACCACCACGACCAGCACGGUGACGCGCACAAGGAGAACACGGAGCAGGAGCACCGCGCGUCUUUCGCGCAACCGUGGACGCCCUGUGCGCUCCUGAACACCACGACCCCCAGCACCGAGCUGCACCUGCCCCCCGGCGGACCCGCGAUCAUGCAGUCCGAGCGGCCUGAAGUUCAGCCCCCACCGGGCGCGCGCCACGGCAAACCAGUGGUGCGAGUGGCCACGUGGGAUCUCCAGCGCUGCUCCAGCGACAAAGCCCACAACCCCGGGGUCAAAGAGGUGGUGUGCAGGACCCUGCUGGAGCGCGACAUCAAGUUGUUAGCGGUUCAGGACCUGGCUGAUCAGCAGGCAUUGGAGAAGUUUUGCACAGAGCUCAAUCAGCCCACUCUCUCCAGUGUGUGUAAUUGGAAAGGUCCUCGAGGGGUGUGGAAAUGUGCCACUUCUGAGAAACCCACUGGAGAGUCUUGUAUAGGUUCAGAAUAUUCUGGGUUCCUCUGGGAUUCCUCGGCCGGAGUCCAACUGAAAGAGGCCACAGUUUUGGAGAGCGCUGCUGCUAAUGGCAACGGGAACGACGCCCAGCCCAGAGCGUACCUUGGACACUUUUACAUCGGAUCGUCCCAGCUCACCGUCGUAAACGUGCACCUCAAACCUCCAUCCACGCCCAAGCAGCAGAACGGCCGGAGCCACAAAUCCGACGAGCUGAAAGCCCACAGGCUGAGCCCUGGAGUACAGGAGACUCUGAGAGGUGUGAAGAACGUGCUGGUCGUCGGAGGCUUUGGUCUUCCUCCGGACAACAUUCAGUUCGAGCCUCUGAAGAAGGAGAAGCUGAGUGCACUUGUGCCUUCCUCGGUCAACACCAACAUCAGCACCAAAGCACCGCUGGGAUCCAGCUGCAUGGACAACAUUUGGGCCAGUCGUACUAUAAAGAAGCUCUACACAGGUCAGUACUCCGUCGUGAGGGAGGGCCUGACAAACCCCUGGAUCCCCGAUAACUGGUCUUGGGGCGGAGUGGCCUCGGAGCACUGCCCCAUCGUGGCCGAGUUUUACCUCACGUGCACAAGCGAGAAGAUGAUGAAGGAACCUCUGCAGAACGGCAGCAGCGUGGCCGUGGUGGAGAGGGAUGACUUGGCACCCAAACAUGAGCGGUGACCUUCGACCUGUGGAGACUGUGGUGGUGGUAUGACAUCACUACAGAGAGACUGAAAUGGAUGAAUGGAUGGAUGGAGGCUGCGUGGUGUUUUUUUUCCCUGGAUGUUGUACAGUAGAAAUCAUGUUAAAUAUGAAGGAAUAAUUUAAGGAAAUUUAAGGAUCCAUCUGUUGUAUGUAUUUGAUUUGUCCGAUUACACGUGUGCUGAAAAUUUUUUAAUGACGUACGUGGAAUAAAGCAAUACUGAGAAUUUAA